CCAAAUUCACCAUUCAAAUCCCCUUGAGAACACUCUCAUGAGUUCCACUGGGUUCUUUAUGCCAUUGGAAUCCGAUACUGCGUCCAGAUACUGUCCAUUAUUCGAGGUUCGAAGCAACCGGAAGGAGAAAUCAUCGAUACCCAUUUCGCGGUUGUGUGUGAAAAUGAAGGCGGCGACAGUACCGUUCGAGUCAGGAAUGAGCUUCGGGUUCAAGGAUUUGAUGAAAACGUUCACAGUGAAUGUGCAGAGAGCAGAAAGUAGGGCACUGAAUGUUCCAUUGUUUGAGCCGUUUACGAUUGCAUCUUCGAGGCUUGAAAUGGUGGAGAACGUAGCGAUAAGGAUCGAGUUGAGUAAUGGGUGCGUCGGAUGGGGUGAGGCGCCGAUUUUGCCUUUUGUCACUGCGGAGGAUCAGCCUACCGCGAUAACGAAGGCAGGGGAGGUUGGGGAACUAUUGCAGCAGAGACCACCGUGUAAUUUGGGCUCAGCGAUGAUGCAGAUCGGCGAGACUCUUCCUGGCCAUGAAUUUGCUUCUGUUAGAGCAGGAGUUGAGAUGGCGUUGAUUGAUGCAGUUGCCAACAGCAUUAACAUACCUCUAUGGAGAUUGUUUGGUGGUGUUUCAAACAGUAUAACCACCGACAUAACAAUUCCUAUAACUUCUGCUUCUAAUGCUGCAAAAUUGGCUGCAAAAUAUCGUGAUCAAGGAUUCAAGACUUUGAAGUUAAAGGUAGGAAAGGAUCUAAGAGCUGAUAUUGAAGUUCUGCAGCGCAUCAGAACGGUUCAUUCUGAUUGCAAAUUCAUCCUGGAUGCCAAUGAGGGAUAUGAAACUGAGGAAGCUAUUCAAGUUCUUGAUAAGUUACAUGAAUUGGGGGUGACUCCGACUCUGUUUGAACAACCAGUUCAUAGAGACAACUGGGAGGGUCUCGGAAUUGUUAGUCGCAUCGCAAGAGAUACAUACGGGGUAUCUGUGGCAGCUGAUGAGAGCUGCCGGAGUUUAAGUGAUGUUAAGAGAAUAGUGGAAGAGGAUCUUGCAGGUGUUAUAAAUAUAAAGCUUGCCAAAGAUGGAGUUUUGGGGGCAAUUGAAAUUAUUGAAGUAGCAAGGGCUGCUGGAUUGAGUUUAAUGAUUGGUGGUAUGAUAGAGACUCGACUUGCCAUGGGCUUUUCCGGUCAUCUUGCUGCUGGUCUCGGGUGUUUCAAAUACAUCGACUUAGAUACACCACUUUUAUUGUCAGAAGAUCCAGUUCAUGGGGGUUAUGAAGUUUCUGGUGCUGUCUACAAGUUCACAAAUGCCAGAGGCCAUGGUGGUUUCCUUCACUGGGAUAGCCUUGCUUGGUAAACUUUAUAGUCUCCUUGAAGAUGCAGAUAUGAGCUUAUAAACUACAAUUUUACAUGAACCCUGUUUGAUUAUAUAAUUAUUUAUAUGAACUACCCCUUUACUCUAGACUGAUACAGAUGAGUGUGUGUGAUUUUUGUAGAUGAUGAUUAUUUUCAGUUGAAUCUUCUAAAUUAACGGAACUUUCGCUUCAUGAUUUCCCCCGAGCCAAAGUCUUUCAGAGUGCAAAUUUCUGGGCAAAUCUGGUUAGUGAAAGUUUGAACCUUGUAUUGAUAAAUAUGGGCGAAUUCUGUAAUAAGUUUCAUGAAUGUUUAUCAGUGCUCAUACUUGAUGGAUGUAAAUUUUGUUUCCACGGUUGAUUUUGCAAA